UUAAGCUAUUCGAAUUCAGUGGUUAGCAUUAGUUUGACGAGUCCAAAACAAGAAUCAUGAGCAAACAUCCAAUUAGCGAGUCGAAAUUGAAGGAGUAUUAUGAUGUCGCUUUAAAUUUAGUGCAGAAAUGUGGUCCACUUUUGAUGGAGGGUUAUACAAAGCCCAAAACGGACUACAAGGUCAAAGCGGACUUUUAUGAUUUGGUCACCGUGUAUGACAAACAGAUUGAGGACACUUUAAUUGAGGGAUUGCAGGCUGCGUUCCCUGAAUCAUUGAUCAUUGGCGAGGAGGAGUCGGCUGCAACUAAACGCCAGGCGGAGCUAACAGAUGCGCCAACUUGGAUAAUAGAUCCCAUCGAUGGCACCACAAACUUCAUUCAUCGCAUUCCCCAUUGCUGCAUUUCUGUAGGAUUGGCCAUCAAUAAAGAGCUGGUCGUAGGCAUUAUCUACAAUCCCCCAGCCAAUGAAUUGUUCUCAGCGUGGAAGGGUCAUGGAGCCUACCUAAAUGGCCAACGCAUAAGCACUUCCAAAAUCACAACGAUCAACCAAGCUGUAGUCGCCUAUGAAAUCUCUUUGAUACACGCUGCAGCUGUGAGAGACAAGAACUUGAAACGCAUUUACAAGUUGGGCUCAAAUGCCACUGCCACUCGCAGCUUUGGCAGCGCCGCUCUCGCUUUGUGCUAUGUAGCAACCGGUCAAUGUGAUCUUUAUCACGUCGACGAUCUGAAACCAUGGGAUAUUGCAGCUGGUGCUGUGAUUCUAACUGAAGCGGGAGGUUGCAUUUAUCAUACCAAAGGUGGUGAAUUUAAUGUGAUGAAGCCUGAUUUGGUCUGUGCAGCCACAGAGGAGCUGGUCAGAAGUGCAAUUAGCCUCAUCGAUGAUGCCAAUCAAAUUACGGAGUACACAUUCAAGUGAUUGUUCGUUGACUGUGAUUCUUACCCAAAAACUAAAACCACAUAAAUAAUUAAUUUGUAUUAAAUAAAACUAUUGAAAAAGGGA